UGAACACUUAAUAUGAAUGUUGUGUUUGUUUUCACACAACAACUCAUUUACUAUUACUUCUCAUUAAUUACUCAUUAAUUGUAUAUUUGUUUGGCUUUUAAGUCAAUUCACAACACUUUCUCCACAUUUGAAAAGCAUUUCACAAAUGAAUUGAUAAUAUUUGGUGACAAAAAUAUGUGUCUUUGAUGUUUGCAUCCAACCAUUGAAUCCAUGAAUUGAUGUCUCAUUUGAAUUGAACCGCAAAUCAAUGGGUCUUUGCGUCUGCAAAGAGCGGACUAAACGUGACAACAGUUCCGCCAAUAGUCGCCAUAAUAACAGUGACACCAGAAAUAACGGUUCCCGAAGUCGAUCAGCGGUCGGACACAACCGAUAUAAUCGAGACAAUGAUAUGACCGAAGAGUGUCUGACGAUCAACGCGUCGGUUGUGGUGAGGGAUGUGUUGUCCGGUCACGACAGUGGACCACAUUUGGCCAAAAUGUCUCCCAUUGUCGACAAACUCAUCCUCGAGACGCUCUCUCUCAUCAGAACUCUUGUCGAUAAUGAUUCAGACCCGCCGUCAUCUAUGCUUAAGUUGCAUAUGAUUGCCGACAAAGAGAAGGGAUGGCUAACUGUCGUCAACUCCAUGAUCAAUGUCAUCCCCAUCGACGACCCAUUAGGUCCAGCCGUUAUACUCCUACUUCUGGACGACUGUCCCCUUCCAACCAAAGAAUCGAUUACAAAAUUGUCGCAAAUGUUGGACUUAUGUAACACUAAACACCUUUCCCGACACAACAUCUCAAAGCAUAGGAACGCAUGUGUUGUGAUCGGAUGUCUGGCCGAGAAGUUGGCCGGACCUAACAGUAUGACUCUACUCACACCUCAAGUCCUCAACUAUUUGAUCAACAAUUUAAGUCAUAAAAACGACUUCUCGAUCGUCUUAUUCACGUUAAUAGCACUCGAAAAGUUUGCUCAAACGAGUGAGAAUAAGUUGACGAUCGCUAAGAAGUUGGACGAAACCAAUAAGAACGCAUUGGUGGCGUUGGAAGCGCUGAUCGAUGAUAAGGAUUACGUGCGCAAACAGGUGGGCUUCUGUGCCCAAUGGUGUUUGGAUAACCUGUUCCUCAAAGACGGCCGAACACUCACUCACGAGAAGACCGAUCGAAACGAUUUGAACGCUUUGCUCAACGCUAACGACGUGAGCGAGUAUUUGAAGAUAUCGGCCAAUGGACUGAUGGCCCGUUGUGAUGCCUCAUCCUUUGAGAGCGUUCGCUGUACUUAUCAGGUAAUGGAAGGGGUCUUCUAUUACGAGGCGAUGCUCAUCACAUCGGGAGUCAUGCAAAUCGGUUGGGCCACCAAAGACAGCAAAUUCCUCAACCACGAGGGCUAUGGUAUCGGUGACGACGAGUACUCCAUCGCAUACGACGGGUGCAGACAAUUAAUUUGGUUCAACGCCUCCAGUUUUCCGCAUCAACACAAGUGCUGGAGACCAGGAGAUGUUUUGGGCUGUCUUUUAGAUCUGAAACGAGAACUCAUUAUAUUUUAUUUGAAUGGCAUUCCAUUAGAGCCCUAUAAACAUGUGUUCAAGAAUGCAAAGAGUGGGUUCUUCGCGGCGGCCUCUUUCAUGUCAUACCAACAAUGUCUCUUCAAUUUCGGCAGAACUCCAUUCAAAUAUCCGCCGAAUAUAGCAUUCGAGUCAUUCAAUGCUAACUCUCAUCUCUCAGACAACGAGAAAAUUAUUUUACCCAAACACAUUAAACUCAAGUUUUUACAUUUGUCGUCAACACGAGAGGAUAGUUGUACGCUAUGUUGCGAUGGAACCGCUACUAUUCAACUCAUCCCAUGCCUCCAUUCGUUAGACAUUUGUCCGUUUUGUCGCUCAGAGAUUAAGGAAAGAUUGGAAAUGAAUUUGAAUGAACGCACCGAACGCUAA